ACUCUAUUGUAAAUAAGAUAACACAGGACAAAGACCGUAAAAACACCAUAAAAGAUCAAAUCGAUGAAUUAGAAACACUUGUUCAAUGUUAUGGCCUUGAAGACACGCAAAUAGUUGAAAUUUUGGAGGUUAUUAUAAAGGGAAAACUUGACGAUUCUGACGUUAGGAAGUUAAUCAAACUCCUUGUACCGCGUAAUAAAGUAUCUGAAGUAUCUGUAAUAAAAAUUUUUGGGAAUCUUGGAAAUAGAAAUGUGAAACACAGUAUACAGGCACUUUUACUUCGUUGGGUUGUGUUGGUUUAUGACUUUAUAAGGGACCACUCAAAACUUCUUAGACUUUAUGGCGUUAUUUUUCAUUAUUUGGAAUAUACUACUUUAAG